AGUGGUCGGACUCGGGGGGAGCAAAAGGAAAGAGAUCUUAGCAGCUCCCAACGCAUUUGUAGCUGGGCUUUUUCCCAUUUUUUAUUCUUACCUUACAGUUUACUCCUAUUUUAGUCAAACAGGAAUUAGCAAGUUAGCCAAAUUUCUUUCUAUUUUAGUCCAACAAAAGCGAUUGAAAGAAAUUAAGAGGAAGAUUCCAUGGUGGAUCGUAAUAUAUAUAUAGUUGAAGACAAAUAUGUGUAGCCUUUUCAGUACCCCGCCACUAGCUAGAUCUUUAUAUAUAUAUAUAUAUAUAUAUAUAUAUAUAUAUAUAUUGUUGAAGACAAAUAUGUGUAGCCUUUUCAGUACCCCGCCACUAGCUAGAUCUUGAUUUCCAAGAAAGUGAAGAAGGAUAUAUGGAAGGCGUUUUCAGGGAAGGAAGGUCAUUGGAGGAAACACCAACGUGGUCAGUGGCAACAGUCACCACAGUUAUGGUAUUUGUUUGCUUGUUUGUGGAACGUUCCAUUUACCGAUGUGGAAGGUGGUUGAAAAAGACUAGAAGAAAAGCUCUUUUUGCUUCUGUGGAGAAGAUAAAGGAAGAGUUGAUGCUACUUGGGCUAAUUUCUUUGUUGUUGGGACAAUGCGCAAGGCAGAUUUCUCAAAUUUGUGUGAAUUCGUCCCUUUUCAGUAGUAAAUUCUACCUUUGUUCUCAAGAAGAUUAUGGCAGUGCAAGUGAGACGAUCCAUUUGUCAAGGUCCUCCAUUCUCUCUAAUGAUACUGAUAUUCCUCCCAAGGGAAUUUAUCAACCGUCACAUCAAUGUGGUGAGGGACGUGAACCUUUUGUCUCCUAUGAAGGUCUUGAGCAGCUUCACCGCUUCCUGUUUGUUCUUGGUAUCACCCACAUUCUCUACAGUUGUAUUGUUGUGGGCUUGGCCAUGACCAAGAUAUACAGUUGGAGGAAGUGGGAAAACCAAGUAAACUCUGUGGCAGAGAACAACUUACAAGUGCUAAAGAAUAAGGAGAUGAGGCGACAGUCCACCUUUGCUCUGCAUCAUGCUUCCCAUCCAUGGAGUAGGAGUCGGAUUCUUAUAUGGAUGCUUUGCUUUAUUAGGCAGUUCAGGACUUCAAUCCGUAAGGCGGAUUACUUGGCUUUGAGAUUGGGCUUUAUCACUAAUCACAAGCUUCCACUUACUUACAAUUUCCAUAACUACAUGGUUCGUAGCAUGGAAGAUGAAUUUUAUGAAAUUGUAGGGAUCAGCUGGCUACUUUGGGGUUAUGCCAUCAUAUGCAUCUUCAUCAACAUUCAUGGUAAUGAAAAUUUUGUAACAAGAAAACGCCAUUUUUGGCUUGUUGAAGUUUCGAAUGAUCGUUCUUGUGUAGCAGGUCUUAAUAUCUACUUCUGGCUCUCUUUUAUUCCUGGCAUUCUUGUCAUGGUGGUUGGAACAAAACUACAGCAUGUAGUCUCCUCAUUGGCACUUGAAAUUGCAGAGCCAAAGGGUCCACUUAUUGGAACACAAGUAAAGCCACGCGAUGAAUUGUUUUGGUUUGGGAAACCGAAGAUACUAUUACGAUUGAUACAGUUUAUAUCAUUUCAGAAUGCUUUUGAAAUGGCAACCUUUAUCUGGUCCUUGUGGGGAAUGAAGCAACGGUCAUGUUUCAUGAAGAACCAUGCAAUGGUUGUCAUCAGAUUGAUUUCAGGGGUGCUUGUGCAGUUCUGGUGUAGCCACAGCACUGUUCCUUUAAACGUGAUUAUCUCACAGAUGGGUUCGCGGUGUGGAAAGGCUCUCGUAGCUGAAAGUGUUCAAGAUUCACUUCACAGUUGGUGUAGGAGAGUGAAGAACAGGUCGAAACAAGAUGCUCUACGCUCUAUAGCUACAAGAUCAACAUGUUCCCUUGAAUCAAUGAUUGACGAGGGAGAUGAGAUAGCAACAGUGGCAUCAGUAACUUUAUCUCCAUGCUCCUCUAGAGGCUCAUUUCACCACCUAGAUGAGAAUGUGCUGUCAAAUGACCAGCAAGAAGAUUGCAUUGGUGGAACUUCAAACCAACCAGGACAUGAACUAUCCUUCAGAAACAGGGAAUAUUCAUGUGAAGCUCUGGAGAUUAUGGAUGAUGAGAAGCAUUCAUCUGAACCUCUGGAUGAUAUGGAUAAUGAUGAUGCAGACAAGACAGAAACUCUGUUCGAGCUGUUCCAGAAGACAUGAACUUUUCUCAUGCUACAGAGUAUUUAAUCUGUACAUUGUACACCCACCUUCCCAUACGCUGCACGAGCUGACUAGCUGCAGAGCAAGUCGUGCACGGGAUAAGCCCUUUUUACACAAGUACUUAUUGUUGCAUUUGCUAUCUGACAAAGAGACCACUUCUCUAGGAUUAAUCUAUGUUAUUAUGUAACUCAGAAAGUGAGCAUACAUUGAUUUGUAAAGAAAGUCUGAUGAACAUGGUUGAAUAUAUGCCUAAUUUUCAGUUGAUAA